CUCCUCGCCUCCUCCAGUUCUGCAGGGGAACUGCGUGUUGCUGCGUCAUCGCUAGUGGCCGGUUUGAAUGAGUCUCUCGUCGCACCGGAGCUGCCGCCAACACCGCGCCGCCGUCUCGGCUGCUGCCACAGCUUCUUCGCGUCCCUUUCCCUUCGCCGCCCUUGCCCGGCCCAGCCUUCCUGCGCCGCCGCCUCCCCUCUCGCCCCGCCAUGCCGCUUUACUCCGUUACCGUGAAGUGGGGAAAGGAGAAAUUUGAAGGUGUAGAAUUGAAUACUGAUGAACCUCCAAUGGUGUUCAAGGCUCAGCUUUUUGCACUGACUGGAGUACAGCCGGCCAGACAGAAAGUUAUGGUGAAAGGAGGAACGUUGAAGGAUGAUGAUUGGGGGAACAUCAAAAUUAAAAAUGGGAUAACUCUACUAAUGAUGGGAUCAGCAGAUGCCCUUCCUGAGGAACCCUCAGCUAAAACUGUCUUCGUAGAAGAUAUGACAGAAGAACAGUUAGCAUCUGCUAUGGAGUUACCAUGUGGAUUGACAAACCUCGGUAACACUUGUUACAUGAAUGCUACAGUUCAGUGUAUUCGUUCUGUGCCUGAACUCAAAGAUGCCCUUAAAAGGUAUGCUGGUGCCUUGAGAGCUUCAGGGGAAAUGGCUUCCGCACAAUAUAUUACUGCAGCCCUUAGAGAUUUGUUUGAUUCCAUGGAUAAAACUUCUUCUAGUAUUCCACCUAUUAUUCUACUGCAGUUUUUGCACAUGGCUUUUCCACAGUUUGCAGAGAAGGGUGAACAAGGACAGUAUCUUCAACAGGAUGCUAAUGAAUGUUGGAUACAAAUGAUGCGAGUAUUGCAACAGAAAUUGGAAGCCAUAGAGGAUGAUUCUGUAAAAGAGACAGAUUCUUCAUCUGCAUCAUCAGUGACACCUUCUAAAAAGAAAAGUUUAAUUGAUCAAUUCUUUGGCGUUGAGUUUGAAACUACCAUGAAAUGUACAGAAUCUGAAGAAGAAGAAGUCACUAAAGGAAAGGAAAAUCAGCUUCAACUUAGCUGUUUUAUCAAUCAAGAAGUCAAGUAUCUUUUUACAGGACUUAAAUUGCGACUUCAGGAAGAAAUCACGAAACAGUCUCCAACACUGCAAAGGAAUGCUUUGUAUAUCAAAUCUUCCAAGAUCAGCCGGCUACCCGCUUACUUGACUAUUCAGAUGGUUCGAUUUUUUUAUAAAGAGAAGGAAUCUGUGAAUGCUAAAGUUCUUAAGGAUGUUAAAUUUCCUCUUAUGUUGGAUGUGUAUGAACUAUGUACACCAGAACUUCAAGAGAAAAUGGUCUCUUUUCGAUCAAAAUUCAAGGAUCUAGAAGAUAAAAAAGUGAAUCAGCAGACAAAGACAAGUGACAAAAAGAGUAGUCCCCAAAAAGAUGUUAAGUAUGAACCCUUUUCUUUUGCUGAUGACAUUGGCUCCAAUAAUUGUGGAUACUAUGAUUUACAAGCAGUGUUAACACAUCAGGGAAGGUCUAGCUCUUCAGGUCAUUAUGUAUCAUGGGUGAAAAGGAAACAAGAUGAAUGGAUUAAGUUUGAUGAUGAUAAGGUCAGCAUUGUGACACCAGAAGAUAUCUUGCGGCUUUCUGGUGGUGGAGACUGGCACAUAGCUUAUGUUUUACUCUAUGGGCCUCGCAGAGUUGAAAUAAUGGAAGAGGAAAGUGAACAGUAAUCUUCAUUUUAGCUAUUUAUGCUUAGGUGUGAAAUAAAUGUUAUUUGUUGAUCAUUUCUAUAAUCCAGAGCUUUAGAGGAAGAUACAUAAGUGGUUUUGUUUCCCCUCAUACGGAACAAAGGGCAAAAGCAGACCACUCUAUCAACCUAAAAAAUUACAGAAAAGAGAAAAUUGCCUUUGGACUGUGCUGCCCUGUAUAAAGGUGGCAGGAAGACAUUUUUUAAAAGCUUAUUUCUUGCUUUAAUUUUUAAAAAUUCUGAGUUGAAAUGCCUUUCAACCAUUAACUUCUGUGAUAAUUUUCCCUGCCUUUUUCAGAUUCAGCAAUGAAAUGUUUAUUGCACACCUAUUACUCUGUUAUUUGUUGUUAUUGCAUGGUUCAAACCACAGGUAAUUCAGUAGCUGUUCAUCCUUUGCCUUAUCUAACGAAUUUUGCCAGGAAGGUGGAAAGGAAGUAAAGGUUGCUCUCAUUGUGCUCUCAGUGCUGCUGUCCAUACACCAUGGAAACAUGGAUACAAUCAAGUAUUUGUCCAGCCUGAUUGUUGCUGGCUUUUCAUGACUAAAAUAAAUUGUGAUCAAUAGUACAUUCGAAUAUACAUUUAUUACUGUGUCUCUGAUGUACUAUGGUUUGUACAUUUAACUUUGCAAUGGUUUUAUAGUAAUCAACCUAAAAAAGAUGUUGAUAGGCUCUGGUUGCUUAUUUUUAGAAGAUGGGAAUAUUUAAUAAAAAAAGAAAAAGAGGGAUUAACAGUUUUUGACCUCAAGUCUUUUGUCUGUUGAGUUGGCUGAAGUUCCAAUGUUAAUUCUGCUGGUUAGUUUUACUCUGCUGUUAAGCAUCCAUUUAAAAACAUUUAUCUUCUUUGCCUGCUAGCAUUAUAUUGUUUAAAAAGAAAUACAAAGUUGUAAGAGCAAUGGAAUUCUUCGGAUGCCAAAUGCAGUGGUUAUCAGUCAGAUCUGUUCCGUGGCUCAGUUCUUUGUUUUUACACUCCUGUCAAGUCCCAAAAAUCUUUGUCUAUUUCAGUUUAAGAUAAAUGAUUUUUCAAGUGGUGGUAGAAAUACCAAGAGUAUCAGGUAUUUCAGUAUGGUAGGUUUAAUAUGUAUUCUAAUUAGUUCCGUUUUUUUUUUUUGUUUUUUUUUUGAGACUUGAUUGUUAGAGAAAGGACAGAAUAUUAUCUAAUUUGUCUCUGAUUUUGAGUUGGGUAUUUAUAAUUAAGUUUUGGGUAAUAUCGUGAAAUCUGGUCUUUGCUUAUGCUUGUUUUAAUGCUCUGCAGAGCACAGCACUGGUUAACAGAUUCCAGAGAAUAAUGGCCAUUUUUGAGUUUGAGCAGUGUGAUACAAUCUGAGAACACCAGGGGAUAUAAAAUAAGUAUUUCAGGGAAACUUAUUUGUAAAUAGCUUCUUCAGCUAAUCUUUAAUUAUUGGCAAUCGGUACUCCCUUUGCUUUGAAGGAGGGUGCAGAAUAGAGUGGGGAAAAUGAGACUAUAAGAAUUGUGAUGUUUCUUUUAUAUAUUGGUAUGCUUGUAAUUCUGCAGGUUUUAAUUUUUUUUAUUCACUGUCUUACUUGUCCUGAACAAUUUUGAGGACAUAAUUUAGCAAUUAAAAUUUAGAUUUUCUGAUUUGCAGGGUGCUGUAGCUACUGGAGAUCAAGUGAGGUAGGUUUAGAACAAAGUAUAUAAUAAGCCUUGUAUGAAAUUAGAAUUUUAAAAUUGUAAUUCCUUGUCAUCAUUAUAAAAAAUUUGAUUUCAUUUUAUUUGACCCAAAAAAGCAUUAUUCCAAAGAUAUUUUAAGAAAUUGGACUUAUACCAGUGUUGUUUUAAACUAAUAAGGUUAUUUUAGAAUUCAGCCUUGCAUAUAAGGUCUUUGAGUAGGCAAGAAAAUGUCUGGACUCCUGGGUGUGCCUUCUGUGCUGUGCUACUAGCACUGAGGCCCUUUCAUCAGAGCUGUGCUGUAUACUGCUGGACUAGCUAGUGAAGUUAAGCACAAGCAAGAGCAUUUAUGGUGUAAUACUCAUUUAGUAGCUGUUCUUCACGAUUCAAAACAAUGAUAACCUAGACUCCUGAAGGGUAGUGCUUAGUGGGAUGGUUCUAUCUCCAACCAUUACUACCUAGUGCUUUGCUGUUUUAUAGGGUUUUUUCACAGACAUCUCAUUUGAACUUCACAAUAAUCUCUGGGAUAUGCAUCCCUAUUUUAACAACUUGAGAGGGGAAAUAAUUUUUGUAAGGCUAAAAGAACCAGGUUUUAGGCUUCAUUCCAUUUCUUUAAAAGUUGGGGUUCAGCAAACAUUUUCUGUAGUGGGCCAGAUAGUAAAUAUUUUAAGCUUUGCAGACCAUAACAUCUUUGUUGCAACUCUUUAACUUUGCUGCUGUAGCAGGAAAGAAGCCAUAGACAAUACCUAAAAAAAUCAGCAUGGCUAUGUGCCAAUUAAAUUUUACUUAUAAAACCAAGUGGUGAAUGGACCAUUAUUUGCUGUUCCUCUGCUUUAAAGCACGAAUGAGACUAGAGCAGUCAUAUGGAUUCAGAAAGUCUUAUUCUGGGAUUUUCAGAAUAGCAAGUUAAAUUUUAUAACUACUAACAGCAUGCAGAAACUAAUUUGGCAUAGUGUGUUUUAGGAAACACCAUGCCCCUAAAUAUCACUUAUUGACUUCAUUAUGAAUACAUUUAAUUUAAUAAGAAUAUAUUGUGACUUUGAGGUCACUUUACUUUGACCAUUUUCCCAACCUACUCCUCCCAAACUCUGAGGUCAGUUAUCAAGAGCCAGUAUGUGUUCUGUUCUUGGAAUACCAGCCAACUGUACAACAACUGUUAUAAAAAUGUUUAUUGUUUACCAAAACCAGUGGACCUCUUAUCAAAUGCUGCUUGGUAACAAAAUUUUAUCACAGUUUUAAUAAAAAAAAAAAAAAAUAAGCUAA